UGGUAGCACGUACAUCGUUCUCGACCGACUACCGGGCUGCCGUGGUAGAGGACGUUGGAGUCACACGGGAGAGAAGUGAUACCUUUUCUUAGUUUUUCUCUUAAGUAAGACCCCAAAACUCAACACAGAAGAUGUUCUCCCGCGUCGCAAGACCGACCCUCAGUGUGGCCCGCAGUCUGUCCACUUCAUCACAGAACAAUGCCAAGGUGGCAGUUCUGGGUGCGUCAGGUGGCAUUGGGCAGCCCCUGUCCCUGCUGCUGAAGAACAGUCCCCUGGUGUCACAGCUGUCACUCUACGACAUUGCACACACGCCUGGAGUCGCCGCCGACCUCAGCCACAUCGAGACCCGCGCACAUGUCAAAGGCUACAUGGGAGCUGAUCAGCUGGAUGAGGCUGUGUCUGGAUGUGACGUGGUGGUCAUCCCCGCUGGAGUGCCCAGGAAACCAGGUAUGACUCGUGAUGACCUGUUCAACACCAAUGCCACCAUCGUGGCCACACUGGCAGACGCCUGCGCUCGCAACUGUCCCCAAGCCAUGAUUUGCAUCAUCGCAAACCCCGUGAACUCCACCAUCCCCAUCACGUCAGAGGUGAUGAAGAAGCACGGUGCCUACAACCCCAACCGCAUCUUCGGAGUCACCACGCUCGACAUCGUCAGGGCCAACGCAUUCGUCGCAGAGCUCAAGGGUCUGGACCCAGCCAGAGUAAACGUGCCCGUGGUGGGAGGACACGCAGGCAAGACCAUCAUCCCCCUCAUCUCACAGUGCACUCCUAAGGUUGAGUUCCCAGCUGAGCAGCUGGCUGCCCUGACUGCUCGUAUCCAGGAGGCCGGCACUGAGGUCGUCAAGGCCAAGGCAGGAGCAGGCUCUGCUACCCUCUCCAUGGCCUAUGCUGGCGCACGGUUCGCCUUCUCCGUGCUGGAUGCCAUGAACGGCAAGGAGGGAGUUGUGGAGUGCGCCUACGUCCGCUCAGAGGAGACCGAGUGCAAAUACUUCUCCACGCCACUACUGCUCGGGAAGAACGGCAUUGAGAAGAACCUGGGUCUGGGCAAGCUGACUGCGUUUGAGGAGGGGCUGGUGGCAGAUGCCAUGGGGGAGCUGAAGGGCUCCAUCAAGAAGGGAGAGGACUUUGUGGCCAAGAUGAAGUAGACUCACACACACGAGUACGCACACAGAGAGAAGAGAAGAGAUGUACAGAGAUAAAAAACAGCACUUCACUUGUUAUUUAUGUUCCUCUGUUUUGAUUGGACCAGGCCCCCUGCCCGUCAUGAUGCAACUGUCCGUUACUGACCUCCUCAUCCAAUAAACAAAACCCUCUACACUG